AUGGCGGCCAAAAACCCUGAUUCCCUCGUCCCCCAAGGGCCUUUUCAUGCCCGUAUCCAUCCAUCUCACCCUGCAGUACACAAAUGGCACAAGCCAGGAAAUGAGCAAGGGAACGAUGCCGCACCAGAAUACCACGCUGAGACCUUUCCACCGGGAACUGCACCCACAGAGAAUACUUUCCGCCCGAAUCCCGAGAGCAACUACACCACUGAAGCCUUGAACAUGCCUGCUCUAGACAUGCCAGGCUCGACGUCAAAGGACAUCUACAAUUCUAUUGACAGCGUGCACGGCAGACCAUUGAUCGGUCAAGAGAACCGUGAAAUCAGGGGAGUCCAUCCGAGGAAGAGAAAGAAGGAGCGCAGUGGCCUAGAGGGUGUCGGUGCAAGUACAGCUUACUCUGUGUUUGAUAAGGUGAGGGAUACGGUUGCUGAUAAGCCCAAUGUCGAAAAGGGACUGAGGGGAUAUUCUGGGAGACGGGAGGGAGGAUUGGCUGCUGAUGGAGCAGAGUCCAUGCCGCCCGUCAAGGCAGACGAGCGGGCUGUUCGUGAAGGCCCUCAUAAAUCUACUGCUUGA